AUGUCGAUCGUUCGUGUGAAUUUCUCGACGGAUGGCUUGCUGCCCGAAGGAUUUGAGUCGAGCGAUUUCCCGCAGAAAAUGAACGACAUCGAGCUCUGCGUCACAAAUUUGCGCGAAAUACCAGGUGAUCUCAACACUAAGUGGCCCCUAGGAGCGAUUAUUCAAGUGGAGUACAGUGAGCUUUCAGCCUUACCGUUGGUGCUAGCUCGACUUCAGCCUUACUAUACGUUUCUGACUGGGAACCCGAUCACGGAGCUGCCUGCUGAGAUUUUUGAGGUUGAAGGCAUGGUCUAUUUGGGCGUUAGCGGGACAAAUAUCCGUGAAUUGCCCCAAAAUGUGACGCAAGUGUUUCCUGAUUUGAUUUACGUCGAGCUAGUUAACACCAGAGUUUCCUUCUUCUGGUCGUGGGUAGACGAACUUGUGGGGCGUGUGGAUGGUCCUGCGACUAUUGUUGCUGGAGGCUCAAUCUGCUGCGACGAUCUGGAAAAGAUUGAAAAUGACAGUAUGGUUGAUACAUUCUCUAGCUCACUUACGCCGGAGUAUUCGACAGUUCUGAUGGAUCGGUCUGACGCAAACCUGCAAGUGAUCGCAGAGAUUGUUCACUGCGACUCCGCUGAAGCACCAUUUUAUCCCCUCGCUUUCGAUGAUGAUGCCAACGCCUUGCAGCCUCCGCCGGCACUACCAAGACACGGAUAA